UAAGGUAGACUUAAUUCAGAAUGUGAUGCUGCUCUGCGCCACUAGAGGGAGUAUGAUUGUUUUUUCCAGAUGUGCUGCCAAGUAACACGUGAGUAACUAGAAACAAAAGUGAAAGGAACAUUAGAAGAGAAGGAACAUAUCAAGGUUUUAAACCAGUCAGCACUAGAUAUUUAAACCGCCUAUUUUGUGCUUUUUGAGAAGCCAAAAUCAAACAAAAAGAAAAUGAGUGACACAGAACCUCUGAUUUCAAAAGAAGCUGACAAUGAAUCACUUGCAUCAACAUCUGAACUCAGGAUUGUUCUGCUGGGUAAAACUGGAUCAGGAAAGAGUUCAACAGGAAACACAAUACUGGGUCAAAAAUCGUUUAAGACAGAAGCUUCACCAAUGUCAGUUACUAAACAGUGUAAGAGACAUUAUUUAAAGACUGAUGACGGGAUCAUCUCAGUGAUUGACACUCCAGGCCUGUUUGAUACAACAAUGACAGAACAGAAAAUGAAAAAUGAAAUAGAUAGAUGUAUAGAAAAGUUUCUUCCUGGUCCUCAUGCAUUUCUGCUGCUGAUCAAAGUGGGGAGAUUCACAGAAGAGGAGAACAACACAGUGAGAUGGAUUCAGGAAAACUUUGGAGAAGAAGCUUCCCGUUACACCAUCAUACUGUUCACUCACGCUGAUCAGCUGAGGCAAAAACCACUGAAUGUAUAUAUCAGUGAAAGUCGUGAUCUCCAGGCUCUUGUUGAUAAGUGUGGUGGUAGAUAUCACCCAUUCAUUAAUGAAGACAUAAUGAAUCACUCUCAGGUUACUGAACUGCUGGAGAAGAUUAAGAAGAUGGUGGAGGGGAACGGAGGACAACAUUACACUCAUGAGAUGUUCCAGGAAGCUCAGAGCAGGAUACUAAAUAAAGCACAGUUCUGGUCCAGGAAACCACGCAUUGUUCUGGUGGGUAAAACUGGAUCUGGAAAGAGUUCAACAGUAAACACCAUCCUGGGUCAAGAGUUCCCUGAAAGGAAAUCAGCAGACUGUGCUACUGAAACCUGCAAGAAACAAAAAGCUUGUGUGCCUAGAAAAAGCAUGACGUUAAUCGACACUCCAGGAUUGAUUGGCACACCAGAGGAGAAGAUAAAAGAUGAAAUCAAGAAUCUUGUCCUCAUGUCUGCUCCUGGUCCUCAUGUGUUUCUGCUGGUCAUCAGACUUGACACAACAUUCACAGAAGAAGAGAAAAACAUUAUAGAAUGGAUUCAGAAGAACAUUGGCAAAGGUGCUGUUCGUCACACCAUCAUUCUGUUCACUCAUGCUGAUGCACUUAUUGAUAAAACAUUAGAAGAGUAUCUCAGUGAAAGCAAUGACCUCCAAGCUCUUAUUAAUGAGUGUGGUGAUCAAUAUCACUCAUUCAACAAUGAAGACAUGGGAAACCGCAAUCAGGUCAAGGAGCUUCUGAGGAUGAUUGAGAAGAUGGUGGAGAAAAAUGGUUGGAAGUACUACACAAAUGCCAUGUUUCAAAAAAUUCUACAUGAAAGUUAUUUACGUAAACUGUUUAUUGCAUUAGGAGUUGGAUCAGUGGGAACAGUAGCUAUAGCAUCAGCAAGUGUCGCCCUGGUAGUAACGGAGGUGAUCUUUCCACCAGCAAUAAUAAUUGUAGGAGGAGGUUUAGUUCUAGCUGGAGCAAUUGGAGUUGGAAUACGAGCAUUAUAUAAAAGAUCUGAUUAAAAAAGAUUAGGACACUUUGCUAAUGUUUUGUCACAGAGUCUGUGGAUGGAUGACAUUAUUAUCAUGUAAUGUGUUUAAUAAAUCUUUUAUGUUUAAAUCCUCAGUAUUAUAAUUAUUCAAUCUGAGGGCUUAAUUUCAUUGUACUUAAAUUGGAGAUUAAUGGUUUAUUUUACAGGAAAAUAAGAGUUUUGUUCUGAGUUUUGAGAAAGUAACUUCAUACAUCAUCCAUACUUGUUCUUCACUCUGCUCUUAUCUGUUAUGACCAUUUUCAAUUUCAUGUUUAAACAGUUUGUGUAACUCUUUGAUGACUUUAUAUGCUUCAUAUAUGCUUUUGAAUAUGUUUUAAUCAGCAUGAAAAAAUAUAUUUUUUUAAUAUUUCCAAUGUAAUUUCCCAUUUUCACACAAUGAUAGUUGUUGCACGUCAUUUAAUUGAUUUACAUAUAUGAUUAAAUAUAAAUUAUUAUAAUAUAAUAUUGUACAUUAAUUAUAUAUGAAAAUAUUAAUUGUAUAUGAUUAUAUAUGAUUAAAGGCCAGCACUGUGUAAACUCCGUAAGCAAGAAUGUAAUAAAAUCAGACUGAUUAACUUA